AUGUCAACCUGUCAGUAUGCCGAUCCGGUUGCAGAUUUCUUGGACAAAUGGAACGUGUUCCGUUAUCGCCUCUUCCGCGAAUCCUGCGUAUAUCAUCGAGGGAACUAUGUGAAAGAUCUCUCCCAAUUAGGAAGGCCAAUCGAUCAAGUGGUUAUCUUAGACAACUCUCCUGCAUCCUAUAUGUUCCAUGCCUCCAAUGCUGUAAGUGAAUGCGCUUCCAAAAUAUAG